CUUGUUUGCCCUUAUCUGGGUGUCCAAGGAGACCAAUAACAAACGGAUCUGUGGAUUGCCUAAUGGAAGACUUCACACUCAGUGGCAUCACCUCUAAUGGCCUGAUAGAAAAGAAAAACACUAUCUCCUCAAACUCAUUGUUGACACAGUCGGUCGGGGAUGGUGGACACUGGGCAAAGAAGAGGGAGACUGGCUCUGUAGAGAUGGCCGCUGAAGAGAACCAAGUGGUCCUGUCUCUCCUCUGUGCCUUUGGGACCUGGUACAACAGCUCUGGCCACGCUGAGAGACAUAGCAGAAUCUCCUCUGAGACCAGCGGCAACACCUCAGACACGACAAACACGACAACCAACUCCUUCCAGAGACAGGUGGAGCUGUUCACCCGCGAGUGGCACGUCUUCCUGCCUCCGCGCCAAUCCAGGGCCAUGCAUGUUUGCCCCAUCUUGGGCUUCCUGGCGGUUUCUCUGGUGAUUCCUGUCAUCCUCACCCGAAUCCUGACCAGCCCCUGGAUGCGCCAGGAGACCCGCUACCUCCUCCUAGCCAAUGCGUUGCUAAGCGACAUGCUGUUCGUGUCGCUGUACAUGGUGAGUGCCUGUCUGAAUGCGACGGGCGUACUGAUGUCAGAGUGGGCGUGCUCUACCAUCCUCUUCCUGCUGGGGUUGCUGUACUGCGCUGGGAUCUUCAGUACCAAGGCCAUGGUGCUGGACACCUCACUGGCUGUGAUGGCUCCACUUCGAUACUAUGCCCUGUGGCCCGUCUCCAGCACGAGGAGGGCGAUCGCUGGUAUCUGGGCUGUGUCUAUUUUCUUACCAGCAGCGUCUGUAGGGGUGCUUGUGUGGUACCACUCUACUGGACCCUGUUCCCUACACAUUUGCUCCCUGCCCCUCCUGCUGGUCCUCACCGUCAGCCAGUCCACUCCCAUGCAGGUGUCCAUGCUGCUGGCAGUCACAGGCGUCCUCCUCAUUCUGCUCCUGGUCUUCUCUGGCUAUGUCGUUCUGUACUGUCGCACCCGCAUGUCUGGCGUGUGGAGAGGUGAACGCUCGUCCCGGGCCAAAGGCACAUUCCUCAUCCACUACCUCCACCUCAUCCUGUCCUUCCUGCCCAUGUUGGUGCUUCUCAUCAAGCUACUGCUCUACUGCCACCUUGAUGCCCUGGACCUGCGUGCCAACCUGUGGGUGUCUCUGGUGGUGUGUAACAUCCUCCUGGUGCUCCCCAAGGCCCUGGCUCCCUACCUGUACGGCCUCAGGUACAGGCACCUGUGUGAGGCCUUGUUGGCCUUUUAUGGGCUGAAGCGGCCCACCGCCGUCUCGCCUGUCUUGUGAGAAUUAAACAAUAAAACAUUUUCCUGGACUUAUAAGAAUAUUAGCACAGAAGAAGAAUUGAGGAGAUGUGUCGGUUGACACACGUUUCACUCUGGUGUUUUUCUCAACAUCAGUAUAUCUUACAGGAGAAUUUUCAAUAUUAAGAGAAAUAUCAAGGUCUUGAGUUGAAAUGGGGACCCUUUUUCUCCUCAUAUUUUAUUCCAACAUGGAGUUGUAAGCCAUCAAACACUCUGUCCACUUGUGACACACCCCCAUCCCGGGGUUGGUUGUCAGGACAGUGUGGGGUUGGUUGUCAGGACAGUGUGGGGUUGGUUGUCAGGACAGUGUGUGGUUGGUUGUCAGAACAGUGUGGGGUUGGUUGUCAGGACAGUGUGGGGUUGGUUGUCAGGACAGUGUGGGGUUGGUUGUCAGGACAGUGUGAGGUUGGUUUUCAGGGCAGUGUUGGGUUGGUUGUCAGGACAGUGUGGGGUUGGUUGUCAGGACAGUGUGGGGUUGGUUGUCAGGACAGUGUGUGGUUGGUUGUCAGAACAGUGUGGGGUUGGUUGUCAGGACAGUGUGGGGUUGGUUGUCAGGACAGUGUGGGGUUGGUUGUCAGGACAGUGUGAGGUUGGUUUUCA